AUGACACAUAAUCACUUUCGGCUGCAACAACUUUAUUUAAUUUUAUUUUCAUCAUUAAAAGUAUUAAUAUUGUAUGACAUGUUAUCCGAUUGGAUAGGUUGGACAACCAUUUGGUUGGUGUCGGGUCGAAAGAAAACGCGAUACACGUUCUUAAAUUAUACUAACGAUAAAGAAGAUGAAAAUGAUCCAUGGCAGUAUUCAAGUGGUUUCCUUGACUUUGAUUUUGUCUUUUACAGUCUAUUUAUGUUAAAAGUGACGGAUUCUCAUAAUUUGAAUAUUGUUAUUGCCUGUUAUUUAUCCAUCAUCAUUGGGGCUUGUAUACCGACAUUUAUCGUUCAAAAUUUCAAGAUUAUUGAUAUUCCAGAUUUACCGAUACCAAUUUUAUUAGGCGCAAUAGUUUAUCUUACAAUGAUGUACAUUUCUAACCCAUUCAUCAACGAGUUCAAGGAAAGAUAUGUAUUUAUAUGA